AUGAGUUCAGAGUCCCACGGAAAAGCUGUAGCGAAAGCUAUACGCUUACCUACAGAAAACUAUACUGUAGAGAAGGAGAUCGGGAAAGGGUCAUUCGCGAUUGUUUACAAAGGUGUUUCAUUGAGAGAUGGUAGGAACAUAGCGAUAAAGGCUGUUUCCAGGUCUAAGUUGAAAAAUAAGAAACUCUUGGAGAACUUGGAAGUUGAAAUUGCAAUUUUGAAGAAGAUCAAGCACCCCCAUAUUGUCGGUUUGAUAGAUUGUGAACGUACCUCGACAGACUUUUAUUUGAUUAUGGAGUAUUGUGCUCUAGGAGACUUGACCUUUUUCAUAAAGAAGAGAAGAAGCUUAGUAAUGAAACAUCCUUUGAUAAAGACUGUUUUUGACCUCUACCCGCCGCCCAGCGCAGAGCAUAAUGGGCUAAAUAGGGUUCUAGUAGUCAACUACCUACAACAGCUUUCAUCUGCUUUGAAGUUUUUACGAUCUAAAAAUUUGGUCCACAGAGACAUCAAGCCUCAGAACCUCUUGCUUUGUACGCCACUCCAGGACUAUAGCGACCCCAAAACUUUCCAUGAAAUGGGUUUUAUUGGAAUUUACAAUCUUCCGGUUUUGAAGAUUGCCGAUUUUGGAUUCGCUAGAUUCUUACCAAAUACAUCUUUAGCAGAGACUCUAUGUGGUUCCCCAUUGUAUAUGGCACCGGAGAUUCUAAACUAUCAGAAAUACAAUGCGAAGGCGGAUCUAUGGUCUGUUGGGACAGUCCUAUACGAAAUGUGCUGUGGAAGACCACCCUUUAAAGCCUCCAACCACUUAGAGUUGUUUCAGAAGAUUAAGAAGGCUAACGAUGAGGUAACAGUACCAUCAAAUUGCUAUAUUGAACCGAAAAUAUUCAAACUAAUAAAAGGAUUGCUAACAUUCGAUCCUGAGGCUCGUAUGGGUUUUAACGAGUUUUUUAAUAAUGAGGUAGUGACAGAAGAUUUGUCUCGAUACGAAGCCUCAUAUGAGCCCGACUUAGAGUCUAAGAGUAAAGACGUAGCCGAAAGUAAUAUGUUUGUCUCUGAAUACCUAGUAAGGCCAGCCGCCCAAGAGAAAGCAAAUGGUGGUCUACGUACAGAUGAAGGUAGUGCAAUGCCUGGAGCAGAGCAUACAUACAAUAAAGAACGGGAACAUUACCGCGAAAGGCAAGAUUUGCAAGGCCAACAGCAACAGCAGCAACAACAUCCAGAUUCCCCUCCCCGUGGUUCCACGCAGGGUUAUCAAAGUUCCGCUGGUCAGACUAGGAUGAAAAGUUCGUACAACGACUUAAUUUUAGAGAAAGAGUAUGUUGUUGUCGAGAAGAAAACUGUAGAAGUUAACUCCUUAGCAGAUGACUUUGCCAACAAUGGACCUACGACCAAUAACCAAGGUGCUCAGAUUAUCAAGCCGCUGAGGUAUAGAACGUCAUCUUCUAGCGAUGGACACGGGGGUAGAAGAGCGUCCCUAGUUGAAAGAAGGCUUUCGAUAUCUUCGCUCAGUCCAUCAAAUGCCUUAUCUAAAGCAUUGGGGUUGGCGUCUGUAAGAUUAUUUGGUUAUCAGCAACCUAAUACACAGACCACAUCUACUUCUACUCAUCCAACAUUGCUGAACCCUCAAAUAUUUCAUGAGUUGACGGAAAACGCUGUCUUAAGAGCAGAUCAUCAUCUAAAUCUUUUUAAUGAACAGAUAUCGGAUUCAAAUAUAACGCCUUUCGUAGAAUCUCUCUCUGCAAAGGCAUUUGUGAUGUAUUCAUUCGCGGAAAUGAAGUUCUCUCAGAUUUUACCAUCACCACCUUCUUCCACAGACUACUAUUCACAGUCAGACAAACGUCUAAGUAAUGGAAGUUGCGCUAUAGAUGAUGAUGAUGACCUGGAUAGUGGUAAUCCAUCUUCAAAUCAAACAUUGACUCCAGGUGCAAAUAAGGUAUCGGCUGCAAAUGUCGACAAUUUAAUACCCGCACCAGAACUGAAGAAGUUGUGUAUGGAAUCACUUCUCCUAUAUCUAAAAUCUCUAACCAUUCUAGCAUCAUCCAUGAAAUUAACAUCGAAAUGGUGGUAUGAAAAUGAGAGCAAGAACUGUACAUUGAAACUAAAUAUAUUGGUUCAGUGGAUCAGGGAUCGUUUCAACGAAUGUUUGGAUAAGGCUGAGUUUUUGCGUUUGAAGCUACAUACGCUUAACCAAUCUGAGGAUCCACAAGUGUUGGAUGAUGAACCUACAAUUUUUGUGGAGAAGUUAAUAUAUGACCGCGCUUUAGAUAUUUCGAGAAAUGCAGCAAGAUUAGAAAUGGAAGGUGGAAAUUAUAAUACAUGUGAACUUGCUUACGCAACGUCUUUGUGGAUGUUAGAAAUUUUGCUGGAUGAACAUUUGUCAUCUAACGAAGUUUACGAUGACGGCUAUUCAUCCAAUAUCACUUCCUUGGAUGAAUCGGACAAAGAGAUGAUCAGGAAAUAUGUUUCAAGUAUUGCUAAUAGACUCAAAGCAUUAAAAUCAAAAAUGAGCUAA